AUGUCCAGUGUGGUGUCGAGUCGAAAGCGCAUGGCAGAGUAUUCCACUUUUUCGGAUAAGUGGGGCAUCAUUGAGGAGACAGUACUCUGCAUUUUCAAAAAAGAGGUUUCGAGGAACUCGUUUCAGAGAAUACACCACUCUGUUUUCCAGCUGUGCCAGGCACAUUACGGGAGUCAGGUGCUGGAGCGUCUGGAAGAGCAGCUGUAUGCACAAGUCUCCACAGUCCUCAAUCGAAUUGAGGACUCUUCAGUGUAUGUCGCUGACUUUCUUCGUGAGUGGCAGGACUACAAUGACUCUGUGAGUCAAAUCAGCAACGUUCUCUUGUACUUCAACAAGAACUACAUGUACGCCUGUCAUCACUCUUCUAUUGAGCAUCUUGGCGAGCGUAUUUUUUGCUCCUCUACGUUAGGCAAUCCUGAGGUGUCCGCACGUCUCAUCGCCUCCAUCAAGCAGUCGAUUCACGUGCCUGCCGCUGAGUCCAUUAUUCGAGACAUUGGUCAAGAAUUAUACACCGCCGAAGGCAGCAAGUACUUUGUACGCUGUAUGGAAACCCCCUUUGUGGAUGCAAUAGUCGAUAAGUAUGCUGCGCAAGGGGAGCAACAGAAACAGGCGCUCACCACGAACAGUUAUCUGCAGUGGGUUCAGAGCGUCGUGAGCAGUGAAAGUCACAAGUACGCCGAUACAUUUUUCUAUAUUCUGUUGGAUAAACUCACAAAUGCACUCUACUCCUCGCUUGUCCUCAGCGAUCCAUCAUCUGUCGAUGAUAUGCUGACGGGGCCGACCGGUUUGGUACACAUGUUGGAGGAGUGGGAUGUGACCAGUAUUUCCACUGUUGUGCAGGUCUUCUGCGCCAUGAAGCGGGAGAAGGACGUCAUCGACGUUAUUGCUCAGGCCUUGAAAGAGAAAAGCGAGGGCAUCAUAAACGAUCGAAGCACAGGCGUCUUUCCCUUUCCCGGGGUCCAAAAGAUGCUGCAGCUGAUCGAAAGGGCAAAGGAGUUGGAUGGCCUCUUUGCAGCAGAGGAAGGCCAUAGCCAGUCACCGUUUCUGCGCGUUAUACGCAACGUCUUGGGCAGCGACACGCGCUUUAUGGAAACCCUCUCGGUUUACUACGACAAUGGCAUUCGGCAAGGCAAGGAUGACGUUGUGAGCACAGUAGGGAACAAUGUUCUUACUAUUUUGCAGCUGACGCCUGAUCUUGAGGCUUUUGAGGUGGCGUUUCGAAGUCACCUGGCGGUUCGCUUGAUCUACGCAAAGCCACACGCAGUGGACAUGGAGUGUCGCUUUAUUGACCGCCUCUUCAACAUCUACGGAUCAAGUGUGGUGAAUCGAUUUCAGAAAAUGGUGGAGGACAUCCGCAGUGCCACCGCGGCGCAGGAAAAGUUGGUAGCAGAUAUGAAGACGAAAAAGAUAUCCCCUCCCUUAGAGUUCGAUGUCCUUGUCUUGACAAGCGGUCUGUGGCCUCAGUACACCAACAUUCCACUCAGCAUUCCGCAGAGCAUGGAAUCGUGCAAGCAUGUUUUUCAGGAGUACUACCGUCGGCGCCACAACGGUCGGAAGCUCGUUUUUCAGAUGAGCUUGGGCUCGAUUGCUUUUCAGCUUUGCCAUGGAGGCAGAACAUACCACGUGUCGGCGCAUACUCAUUUUGUGAACAGUAUCAUGGCGUUGAACUCGGAUGAGGAUGUGAGCGUCGCAGUCGUUGCUAGACAAGGUGCACUAAGUUCUGACGAGGUACUUACCCACUUCAACACUCUUUGCCACGUUGGUCUUGCCGAACGCAACGGCACAGAGUUUAGGUUUAAUCGUCGCUUUUACUCCUCAAAGUCGAAGGUGAAAGUGAGCGCAGGGGUGCAGAAGUCGGCGCAUGAUGGUAGUGGAGGUGCCAUCGCCGCUUGCAAGGGCAUGGACGGUGCACGAACAAUGAGCCUGGAUGCCACCAUCGUGAAACUGCUGAAAGAGCACAAUAGUAUUGAUUACCAUACGCUAUGCUGUGCCAUCGAAAGUGAGCUGCGGGGUGUGUGCUCCCCCACACGAACGGAUAUCAAACUGCGCGUAGACGCUCUGAUGGAGAAAGGAUUGCUAAUGCGAGGUGAAUCAGCGAACUGCUAUGUCUACUGUUCGUGA